AUGUGGACGAGAGGUGACCCGCGCACGAUAGACUGCGUCUCUUCGUGGUCAGCUCGUGUUGUGACGUUCUAUCAUUCCGUCGAAGAUGAUGGGAGCGCAACCCGGAACGACGGGAACGAGGAGGAAAAACUGGUCAACAAGGAGAUUCUCACGAAGUUCCCGGUUCUCAAUCAUUUCAUGCCCGUUCUGCUAUCUCUGCAAGCUUUGGGCGUUGCAUUCGAUGACGAGCGCCUCUCAUCAACGACAAAAUUAUACAUGCGAAUCUGGCGGGCCGUCGUGUGGUUUACUUUCCUGGCGUAUCUUGUGAUAUUCAUUUACUUCCUGAUAUUCUCCAAGGAGCAAUCCAGGAACAGUCUCAGAAGUGAAGUCUACCGUCUGGAGGUCGUCGAUACGAUCAUGGUGUUUGUGGCGGCAGUUUCCGCGAAUUUCUUGCACAACUUCCAAAAGAUAUCGUUCUUGAAAAUCGUGCACACACUUAACGAAAUGGGAACGCAGAGUCAAAUUGGAGCGCAGUCAGAUUUCGAGGGCACCAGGUGCUUCCUCAUGAGUCUGAUGAACCUGCUUUGUCAUAUGAGCGGUGCUGUGAUCUACCUGGUGUACGAAAACCCUCGACAGAACCCGUGGAGCUGCUGUGAAUCGGUUAUUCGGAUGCUAUUAAUCAGCACAACUUUGCUACUUCAGGUGAUUUCGGCUGGCGAGAUCUGCUGGACCUUCACCCACUACGUCCGGGAGAUCAAUCGACUUCUGAUGCGCCGGGUGAAUCUGCGUAUCCUGCUUGACAUGAGAGUCUGUUACACCAGAAUGAUUGCGACAGUCCGUGAUAUCAACCGCAUCUAUACCAUGCCCGUGGGGAUAGUCUUCAUCCAUGCGGCGCUCCGCGCUAUCAGCACUCUGAAGCUCUUUCUACGGGAAUAUCCUGAAGUGAGCGCCGUCGUAGUGGUGUGGACUGUUUACGAAAUUACGAUUCUAUUGUGUUUGAUCGUCAUGUGCGAGGCGUCGAAUGCACUGCGGAUCACCGGCACGGCGACUGCAUCGUUGGUCACGGAACGAAUUUCGGAGUAUCGCGAUGCGCCUCAACAGAUGUCCCUCUUGGUUCAGUCAUUGAAAAGGCAGAAGCUGCAACUGAGACUUUUCGGCUUCAUAUCGCUUUCGCGUUUGACGUGUUUGACAUAUUUCCUGCUCCUGAUUGUCAGCACAUCGGUGAUUGUUUUGCGAGAUAAGAACAUGGUUUCCGGGAUCGCUGGCUUCAUUUCGGCGUGA